AAUCAAUCUGCGACCAACCCAGAAAACUGUCUAAGACAGCAUGGCGGCUUCUGAAGGCAAGAAGCGUGGUCUCGAACAUUUGGACGAAUAUGAACCAAAACCAGCCAAGCACCUUCGGAGUCUUCACGACCGAAUGGCAGAGAGAAGACUGGUUGUUAUUCUAGAGGGAGCAUCGUUAGAAACAGUGAAGGUCGGAAAAACAUUUGAGCUGCUAAACUGUGAUCAGCACAAAAAUAUGAUCGUCAAAAGUGGAAGGGACCCGGGGCACAUAAGACCAGAUAUAACACACCAGUGUCUUCUAAUGCUGAUGGACAGUCCACUGAACAGGGCAGGCCUGUUGCAGGUGUACAUACACACAGAGAAAAAUGCAUUAAUAGAGAUUAACCCACAGACUCGCAUUCCAAGAACUUUUCCUCGAUUCUGUGGUCUGAUGGUGCAGCUGCUGCACAAGCUGAGUGUCAGGGCUGCAGAUGGUCCUCAGAAGCUCCUGAGGAUGAUUAAAAAUCCUGUGUCGGAUCAUCUGCCUCCUGGCUGCCCUCGUAUUGCUACCUCCUUUUCUGCAGGGGAAGCUGUCUGCCCCCGGACUCUGGUCCCAGAGGGACCUGCUGCAGUGGUGAUCGGAGCAUUUGCACACGGAGCGGUGAAUGUGGACUACUCAGAGAAGAGCGUAUCCAUCAGUAACUACCCCCUCUCUGCAGCAUUGACCUGUGCCAAGAUUUGCUCGGCCUUUGAGGAAGUGUGGGGUGUCCUAUAACAAACGGGUCAGAUCAUACUGAAGAAGCAGAAACAGUGGCAUACAUGGACCUUAUUUUAGUGGACUAGAAACACUGGGCCAAAUAGCCAGUGAUGCCAUAUGAACUACAGUCAUGUGUCCUGUGAUACACAGCACUGUAUAUGAUGGUGUUUGGACACCAAGUGGAAUUUAAAAUGGUUUUGUACUCCAUUGUUGCCUUUCCAUGUAAAAACAAGAGGUUUUUUUUUUCUACCAUCAUCAAUUCAAUUGCACCAAGUUGUGAGUUUUGGGUUUGUAUUAGAAUUAUUACAUUAAAAUGUAUUACCAAUGA